AUGUUUCAAGCCCUCAUGCGGCGCAAGUUCGUCGUCUCGCUGGAGGUGUCGAACCGUGACAGCGCCUACGAGUGGAUGCUGCGCUGGUUGUCGCACCAGAAAUCGUUUAAGGUGCAGCAGAUGUCGGUGCUGACCCGAACAGCACCCUUCGACCACUCCUCGAGCGACCGUACGCGAGCGGAGUGCCUCUUUGGCCCCUGUCCGAAUCAGCGGCACUACUUCUUUUACGAUGGCCGUCCGCUGACCCUGACGCGGCGACGCCGCGACAACGUCAGUCCCGGCUACAGCGAUGACAUUUUCGAAACGCUGGAGUUCACCACCAUCGGCACGAGUGCCACAGUGCUGCAGAAGAUUGUCAAAGAGGCGCAGCAGUUUGCCGAGCAUGAGGACAGCGAUCAUACGGUGGUGUACAUGAAUGGUGGGAGCAGCUGGACUCGUCAAUCUCGGCCGCGGUCGCGGCGCGCCAUUCAAUCUGUUGUGCUGCCGGAGGGCAUGUCGGAGUUCAUCCUCGCUGACGUCAAGAAGUUUCUCAACUCGAGCUCCUUUUACAAGCAGCUGGGCGUACCGUACCGCCGCGGGUAUCUUCUGCACGGUCCUCCAGGAUGCGGCAAGACGAGCCUUGUCAUGGCGCUGGCCGGUGAACUGCGCCUCUCCAUCUCGCUCCUUAACUUGUCGAACCGCAACCUCAACGACGAGUCGCUGACGUCGCUGCUGAACGAGGCUCGCGUGGACACGAUUGUGCUGCUGGAGGACAUCGACCGCGCCUUCAGUAAUGAGUGCAAUGUUACCAUGAGCGGCCUUCUUAACGCGCUCGACGGCGUUGGUGCCCAGGAGGGCCGCCUGGUCUUCAUGACGACGAACCACGUGGAGCGGCUGGACGCGGCGCUGAUUCGGCCCGGCCGAGCAGAUGUCAAGAUCGAAGUCGGGCUGCUGGAUGUGAAUCAGUCGCAGCGCAUGUACCGCAAGUUCUUCCCAAAGGCAACGGAGGAUAUGGUGGAGGCUUUCGGCCGCAACUUUCCACCGCACGUAAUCAGCGCUGCACAGCUACAGUCGCACCUCUUCUUCCACCGUGACGACGCCGUCGCCGCAACCGCAACGCUGCCAGCAUUCAUAUCCAGCUGUCGCGCCUUCGACGCAAGUAUGGAGCAAAUGCGGAGCGAAAAGGCGAGGCUACAGCGGUCUCUGCCGCGCGCACCGCUGCUCGGGAUCGAUACCGAGUAG